UUGACCUCCCGAAGUUACUCUCUAUCGAUGCAAACUCCAUUUGUUCUGAUUUUCUUGGCUUUGCACAUGGUGUCGGCGUCAUUUUUGUGGGUACAGGUGAUGGGCUAUUUAGUUUUGAUUUAAAGUCUGGCCAGGUGAGGAAUGUAUGUGAGGCGGCAUGCUAUUUCAAUGGCAUCCGUGGCGUUGUUCCCUUUAUAAGCUUCCACACUCCAGGUACAGCUUUGCUUGAAUUAUGAUUUGUCAAUUUUUAGGACUUGUAAUGGUCCUGUUGGUAAUAUGAAAAUGUGAAGGAUAUUAUGAUAGUACCUAUGUUAAAGAUUAGUGGGUUUGUAAAGGUGGGAACGUGGGAUGGUUGUAAAACUGUGGUAUGUCUGCUACUAUACUUUUUGUUGGGGUUAUUGGCCAUUUUCUACACUGCUAGAAAUUCCAAGAAAUUUAUUCAUCCAUUACACAGUUCUUUGGAACAAAUGAAGGUCUUGACAACUUUGGAGCACAGUAAGUUAGUGAUGAAAAUAAAAAUUUAGUGAUAAAAAUAAAAAAUAUCAUUAGUUUGAAAAACACAAUUGAUCUUUUUACCGUAGCAACGCACGGACAUUUUGCUAGUAACUAUAUAUUUGUAUAAAUAUUGUUAUUGUAUAACUCUAUGCCGUUUAUCUAGCGCUAGAUUUUAAUUGAUCUGACAAAACAAUGAUAUAUAAAUAUUAUGUGUUGCACAUAACACAUAGAAAUACCGAGAAAGCUAGGAUCUUUUUCAAGAUUUAGCAAAGGUCCGGAUGGAGCGUAGAAGUCAGGGAGGCGGAGUUGUUUAGGGGCGGUGGCACAAGCUGCAGGUCCGUGGCGGCUGCUGGAGCUUUGUCGUGGUGGCGUCGAUUCGGCGGUGGCUGCAGCUUGAUUCACAUCGACAGUGCUCGAUUUGACGGCGACAGCAAAGUCAGCACCUUUCUCCUCUUCUUCAGGUCGCGGCAGCACACAAGCACCAUCAAAUCCCUCGGCAUCCAGCAACCAAAUCAGCAACUACUCGCCGCUGCGUUGUGCUCCAGUGCUCGUCGCCUCGUCGGCCUGGUAGUAGGCAACAGAAGCAUGGCAGCCCGGCAGUUGAGCGCCUCGUGCAGCAGAGCGGAGGCGUGCUGCUGUCGUCGGCACACCCGUAGUCUGCACCGAGGCGUGCAGUGGCACAUCGUCGCCUCGAGGCCGGUGUAGAUGGCCUGGCCAGGGCCGGUUCUGGGGCUAGGCCAGAGGGGCGACGGCCGGGGGCCCAAGCCAGGAGGGGGCCCAGGAGUUUUAUACACAAAUGAAGUAGGUGACUAGCAGGCUAAAGUGAAGUCUAAUGAUUUAAACAUUGGUUCUUAGGACUUGUUCAGUAUUUGAUGCACAAUUUAUGUCGCUAGUCACUAGGAAAUGAUUAGCCACCAACACACAUCCUACGCACACAAAAUCAGAUGACGGAGAGCCUCGAACUACACGGGUGUGAGCUGCUCAGUUUGGAACGGGUGGGAGUAUAAUGCAAUCAAUCCAUCAUCUCCGGCUACCGUAUGUAUGUACACCUUCAAGUAACUAAUCAAUCCCAUCUCUGCGUGAUGGUCGGUCGGCCCAGCUCCAUCCAAGGGCACAUCAUCAUUCGUGGGUGCAUUUCUGGGCCGGGCCGUCCCAACAGAAUGAAGCAGGGCCCAACCCAUCGGGUGAGGCUGACACUGCCUCUCCACUUUUCGAAAUGGUUGGUUGGUGCUGCAACGUGCAACCGGAAUCCACCGUUGCAACCACCAGUCACGGUCAAGACUGUCAGACGAGCAAGUGAGCAAAGCAUGCGCUCCAGUUAGCUGCAGCAACUCUGGUCUCUGUCUCUGUGAAUUCAAUAUAAAUUCGCUCCUGGUGGUGGUGGCCAUCCAUCGAUCGAUCUCAGCAAUACCAGCAAGCAACAAAAAUCUGAAACAAACCUAUAUAUCAGUCCGUGCGUCUGCUGAUCGAUGGAGAUGGAGCCUUGUUCAUCCCCGGUGCCGGUGCCGGCGCCGCCGCAGCAGAAGCAGCUGCCCGCGCGCGUGGAGGCUCUCAGCGGCCUGUCCGCCAUCCCGGCCGAGUACGUACGCCCCGCCGACGAGCGAGCCGACCUCGGAGACGCCUUGGAGCUGGCGCGCACCCACGCCGACGACCACACGGCGCCGCGGAUCCCCGUCGUCGACAUCUCCCCGUUCCUGCUCGCCUGCAGCAAGGACGACGAUGCCAAGCAGCAGAAUGAGCAGCUGUCGGAGUGCGUGGAGGCCGUUCGCGCCGCCGCCGCCGAGUGGGGCGUGAUGCACAUCUCCGGCCACGGCAUCCCCGGCGAGGUCAUGGACCGCCUGCGCGCCGCCGGCGCCGCCUUCUUCGCGCUCCCCAUCGAGGCCAAGGAGGCCUACGCCAACGACCCCGCCGCCGGGCGGCUGCAGGGGUACGGCAGCCGGCUGGCCACCAACGCCAGCGGGCAGCGCGAGUGGGAGGACUACCUCUUCCACCUCCUCCACCCCGACGGCCUCGCCGACCACGCCCUCUGGCCCGCGCACCCGCCCGACUACGUCGCCGCCACGCGCGACUUCGGCCGCCGCAUCCGCGACCUGGCCUCCGCGCUGCUCGCCGUCCUCUCCGUGGGGCUCCUCGGCCCAGGCCGCGGGGAGGCCCUCGAGAAGGCACUCAUCACCCGGGCCGGCGAGCACGAACACGACGACGACCUCCGGCUGCAGCUGAAGAUCAACUACUACCCGCGGUGCCCGCAGCCGGAGCUGGCCGUGGGCGUGGAGGCCCACACGGACGUGAGCGCGCUGUCCUUCAUCAUCCACAACGGCGUGCCGGGGCUGCAGGUGCGCCACGGCGGCCGCUGGGUGACGGCGCGCGACGAGCCGGGCACCAUCAUCGUGCACGUCGGCGACGCCCUCGAGAUCCUCAGCAACGGCCGCUACACCAGCGUGCUGCACCGCGGCCUCGUCAACCGCGACGCCGUGCGCGUCUCCUGGGUCGUCUUCUGCGAGCCGCCACCGGACCUCGUGCUGCUGCGCCCGAUGCCGGAGCUCGUCACGCCGGACAACCCCGCCAGGUUCACGCCGCGAACCUUCAAGCAGCACAUCGACAGCAAGCUCUUCAAGAAGCACCAGCAGCUUGCAGUUACUGAUGAUGAUGAGCAGACCAACUGAACAAAGUUGAUCUCCAAAUAAAUUAUUGAUCAUAUAUAGUAGCAUAUCAGUAUAUGCAUGUUGUACUACUACUGCAUCAUCCGCCCACGCAAAUAAAAAAAAUCAUAUAUUUUGUGCGCAUGAAUACGAUGAUCGGUCACGUUGUAAUGUAGUGCGUUCAUGGCCGGCACUCGCACUACACUUGUUUGGUAGCUUUUCUCUGAUAAACGAACCUGAAUACAGAG